AUGGAUCCUCCACCCACGCCUGAGUGUUUGGAGCAAUCAUCUGAAAGGAAUGCAUUGGCAUCCGACGGUACCUCUGAUUAUUUAAGAUCUGUUAGUAGUGACGCGGGUUCAUACACGAUGGUUCAACCAAAUAAUCGACCAGGAGCUCCCACAAAGUUAUGGGUGGCAGUGGGUUUCAUCCUUAUGAUCGUAUUCCAAGUCGCUUCUACGACAGGACUUUUCAUUUACUUGAACAUGACAGCCGCACAGGCGCGGAGUCAGGGCAUGACGGAGGAACUCCGUUGUUUAGGUCUUCUGAAUGCUCUGGAGACGGACCAAGAGAUUCCAGAAGGUCUGGUCCAGCUGUUCGGGGAGCCAUGUAUCGAACUGGCAAAGGGGAUCAAGUCGUACAUCUCCAAGGUGACAGAAAACAUCAUUUCAAAACACACCUUCCAAGAGAGAAGGACAGCUCUGCCGCGUACAAAAUUACUCACCGCUGGCGUUUCACGACCUUCGGCCCAUCUCACCCUGCGAGACAGUGGACUACAGGGUCCAAUAUCAACGACGCCCCAGAUGGACCUGCACCAGUCCUGUCGUCACCCGGUCCGUUCCUGGGGGAACCAGAGCUUUGGAACCCACCUGCACAACAUGAGCGUGUCGGACGGGCGUCUGCGGAUACCCCAGUCGGGACGUUACUACCUGUACGCCCAGGUCUACUUCCGCUACGUCAGCCUCUCCUCUUCCCACGACCAGCAGAACCUCGGUUCGGCCAGCCACCAGGUGGUGCAGUGCGUCUACAAGAAGACGGCCUACGUCCGACCCAUUCAGCUUCUGAAGGGCGUGGGGACCAAGUGCUGGGCGCCUGAGAGCGAGAACGCGCUCCACUCCAUCUAUCAGGGAGGGCUGUUCGAACUGCGCGCCGGCGACGAGAUCUUCGUGUCGGUGUCUUCUCCCACGACCGUGCACGCCGAGGACUCGUCCAGCUAUUUCGGCGCAUUUCGUUUCGAUCUGUGA